AAAAGGCAGACACCCCCAUCCCCCCUCUACUCCCCCACUCCUUCGCGGCUUCCAGCCUCUCGCUAAAGGGAAGCAGGGACUGACCGCGACGGAGUCCGGAGGCAGGGGAGGCCGGGCGCAACUUCCCCAGUCCACCUUAAGAGGACGAUGUAGCCAGCUCGCGGCGCUGACCUUAGACAAACAAGUUUGCGCAAAGUGGAGCGGGGGGCCCGGCCCUGGGCAGCCCCAGCGGCGCUUCCACAGCCUUCCAGCCCUCGCUGGCGGCGCAGCCGCGGCCCAUGGAGCCCGCCGGCCUGGCCCCCGGCCGCCUCAGGCCGCUGUUCUGCCUGCUGAUCGCCGUGUCCUGCUUCAGUACAGGAGGGGCAGGUGAGAAGGAGCUGCAGGUGAUUCAGCCUCAGAGGUCAGUAUCGGUCGCAGCUGGAGAGACGGCCACUCUGCCCUGCACCCUGACCUCCCUGCUCCCUGUGGGGCCCAUCCGGUGGUUCAGGGGGACAGGACCAGGCCGGGAGCCAAUCUACAGUUUCAAAGGAAAUGAGGGAGCCCGCUUCCCUCGAGUAACAACUGUUGCAGACACCACAAAGAGAAACAACACGGACUAUUCCAUCCGCAUCAGUAACAUCACCCCCGCAGACACUGGUACCUACUACUGUGUGAAGUUCCAGAGAGGAGACGCUGACGACGUGGAGUUUAAGUCUGGAGCAGGCACUCGGCUCACAGUGAGUGCCAAACCCUCUCCCCCCGUGGUAUCGGGCCCCACGGGGAGAGCCCCGACUAAGCAGACAGUGACCUUCACCUGUGAGUCCCACGGCUUCUCCCCCCGAAAGAUCACCCUGAAAUGGUUCAAAGAAGGGAAUGAGCUCCCAGCCUCCCAGACCACCGUGGACCCAGAGGGAGACAGCGCUUCCUACAGCGUCUCCAGCACAGCCAGGCUGAUGCUGGCCCCGGGGGACGUUCGCUCUCAGCUGGUCUGCGAGGUGGACCACGUCACCCUGCAGGGGGGCCCUCCUCUUCGUGGGACUGCCAACCUGUCUGAGACCAUCCGAGUUCCGCCCACCCUGGAGGUGACCCAACACCCUGUGGCAGGGAACCAGGUGAACGUCACCUGCUGGGUGAAGAAGUUCUACCCCCGGCGCCUACAGCUGAGCUGGUUGGAAAACAGAAACUUCUCCCGAUCAGAAACGGCCACGACUCUCACAGAGAACAAGGACGGAACCUUUAACGGGAUGAGCUGGCUCCUCGUGAAUUUGUCUGCCCACAGGGAGGACGUGGUGCUCACCUGCCAGGUGGAGCAUGAUGGGCAGCCGGCGGUCACCAAAAACCUUACCCUGAAGGCCUCUGUCCACCAGAAGGACCAGAGCACAGAUGAACCCCCUGGUGAGAGUGGCAGCUUGAAUAAUAUCUUUAUUGCCGUGGGCGUGGUGUGUGCCUUGCUGGUGGCCUUGCUCAUCGCAGCCCUCUACCUCCUCCGAAUUCGACAGAAGAAAGCCAAGGGCUCCACUUCUUCUACAAGGUUGCAUGAGCCCGAGAAGAACGCCAGAGAAGCAACCCAGGUACAAUCUUUGAUCCAGGACAACAAUGACAUCACAUACGCAGACCUGAACCUGCCUAAGAGGAAGAAGUCGGCCCCCCGGGCUGCUGAGCCAAACAACCACACGGAGUACGCCAGCAUUCAGGCUGUCCCGCCGCCCAAGCCUGAGGACACCCUCACUUAUGCUGACCUGGACAUGGUCCACCUCAACCGGGCCCAUAAGCAGCCAGCCCCCAAGCCCGAGCCAUCCUACUCAGAGUAUGCCAGCGUCCAGGUCCAGAGGAAGUAAACAGGGCCUGCGUUGUCUCUGGGUCUGUGCCCACGAGCCUUCCUGUCCCACGUGGGGCAGGCGUAAUGAGGACAGCUAGCCCAGUUUCCAGAGGGCCAGGGUGGCACAGGUCCUGGGACCCAAGGAUGAGGCUGGCUCUUAUCUCCCCAACCCACUUGGCUCUCUAGCAUUUCCAGGGUGACCACAGCCCCCCACAUUGCCACACAUGGAGACUGAUAUUGCCAGACCAGCCAGGAAAUUGGCCAGAGCCGCCAGGGAACCAAGAACUCUCAUGCCUCUCUCCAUCAAUCAUGGGUCUUGGUCGUGUUCUUGGUGACCCUUGACUGCCUCCUUCAUGCUCUGUAGCCUGAUCUUCCAGGAUGAGGAGGGAGAAAAACCCCACCUCCUCCUCCCACCACCGCCACCCAACUGUGGUUUUGGGAAAACUUUUCUCUUUCGAUUGAACUGCCCCAUCCAUGGAGAAGCUGGAACGAUAAAAAACAAAAUCUGAGACCGCAUCCCGGAGACUCGGUGAGGUGGCUGCCCACAGCCCUGGCCUCCCCCGUCCCCGGGAGGAAAGGACCCUCCGAGAAUCCUCCACCAUCAGAAGGACUGAGUAAUAAGACCCUGCUCCUCCUGCCCUCUGAGACUCCUUGAAGACCCAGCGUCCUGACGGUGACAUUCCACGUGGACCUGCCUCUCCUUUCUAGACCCGAGCUUGCCUCCUCCAGCUAGCACUAACUCAGCAACAUCUCGCUGUGGACGCCUGUAAAUUAUUGAGAAAUGUGAAACGUGCAAUCUUGAAACUGAGGUGUUAGAAAAUUUGAUCUGUGGUGUUUUGUUUUUUGGUUUUUUUUUUUUCCUUAAAACAACGGCAGCGUUAGCUUGGCUCUUUGUCAUGUGUUGAAGUACAUGGUUGGGUCUUGUGCCGUUUAAGGUUUAGCAGUGGGUUUCCUGGAGAGAAUAGCCUACAGCAGAAACUGACUUCCUCCAUGUCCCAGAGCCCCGAGGAUGGGGAAGAAGGUUCCAGUUUGGCUGCUCCAUGGAGAUGCUUAGCCUUCUCUCCAGGACUAAAUUGGCCACGUUCUCAGCUGAGCCUCGUGGCUGGUACUACUGCCUUCCUGCCCCCAGCAUGGUAAGUGCAAACCUGCCAGUGCUUCUCCGGGCUGCCUCCUUCACCAUGCAGUCUUGUCGAGACCUAAUGCCUCAGUCUUCUCACCUGGAAGGAGGGGAGAGGAAAGAUGUCUUCCCCCCACCCUUCCCCCACCAUUGCUCACAAGCACUUUAGAGCCACACAGGGAAGGAAGCCCUGCCUGGCCAUUUCUCCCACUCCUUAAGAGACCUUCUCCCAUUCCAGCUCUCUGAGCUGUUCUCUGCAGGAAGAAUCCUGUAUUUCUGCUCUCAAACCCUAUUGGGAUCGAACUGGAAUAAAUCCAAGACAGCCAGGAAGACUGGGCAGCUGUGAAGCCAGGACUGACCUGUCUUUCUGUCCCUCUGUCUCAGGAGGUUGAGCAGAGGCUGUGACCCAUUAUCCUCUGACCCCUACCCUUCCAAUUCGGUGUGGGGGCCUGGCUGGGCCGAGGGCAAGCAAAUGUUGCACGCUGUGUGUGUCCAGUCUUCACCUAUAAUUGAUCAGCUCUUAGAGCUGAGACACUAAUCUUCACUGCCCCACCCUCCUACCCACCCGGGUCCAGCCAUUUGGUACCCACGGGAUGAUCAGAGCGAGAAGCUGAGCCAUCCUGCCUGUCAGCACGUCCUGCAGGUGGAACUCCGGGAGCUUAGCAUAGACCCGGCUCUCUGGGGGACAGUGAUUUGGUGUUUUACAUGAUGACAUCCAGGAAUGAGCUGAGCCAACAGGCCAUGUGGGCAGCUUUGGCCCAACGAGCCAGAGUUUCUCUGUGGCAUCUGGGAGCGCAGUGGCCCAGCCACCUGGCUCGGGCUAUUUCCAAAUUCCAAAACGUUGGCUUGUAAACCUUCAUCUCCCUCUCGUCUGCCCAGAGAGAGCACAUGUGCGUGAGCACGCACACGCACAUACACACAUGCACAUAGGAUCUUAAAAGAAUGUUUUCUUGGUGCCAUUUUAAUUUAAUUUUAUUUUGCAUUUUGGAAGGGGAGUAAAGGAAUGAGGCCGAGGAAGCCGAGUAGAUUUAGCUCCAGCCUGGCAGCCUGGAGAUUCUCGUACCUUGUGUAUCGAACCCCAGGAAAAGGAAGAGGUUAAAACAACAGUGCGGAAGGAGCAUGGUUUGGGGAGUUUAUUUUAAAACUGCUGGGAAGGAAACAGGCCCCAUUUUGUAUAUAGUUGCAACUUAAACUUUUUGGCUUGCAAAAUAUUUUUGUAAUAAAGAUUUCUGGGUAACAAUGA